AUGCGCAGAGAGCAUCUGCCCUCGGGCCGCUCCCGAGAGGCGAUUUUCGCUAAAUAUAAGCGCGGAAUGAGGUGGGGGCGGGGCGCGCACCACCCGCGGGCAGUCGCACGUACACUAAACCGCGCGGCGGGCGUGCAAAUUCCGCGCGACGGGCGCCGCGCUGGCCACCGCGCGGGGGCAGGGGAGGGCGCUGAUAGAGAAGUGGCGUCGUGUGACCGCUCUCGG